ACACCAGAAGAAACGAUGAAUGUUAGAAAAGAAAAGUUAUCUCCAACAUAUUACAUUUAUCAUCCAACAUCUCCCCCUGUUAUACAUGAGGGUAAAAUGCAAUGGUUAUGGGACAGUAACAACAAGCGAUAUCUGGAUCUGUUCGGUGGCAUUGUAACCGUUGGCGUGGGUCAUUGUCAUCCGAAAGUGAACGAAGCUGUGAAAGCGCAAAUGGACAAACUCUGGCAUACAACACAGAUUUACAUGCACCCAAAUAUUCAUGAAUACGCGGAAAGGUUGACAGAAAAGUUUCCUGGAGAUCUGAAGGUUUGUUUCUUCGUAAACAGUGGCUCAGAGGCAAACGAUUUGGCGAUGUUCAUGGCGAGACAGUACACCAAAAGUUUCGAUUUCAUUUCCUUGAGAAAUGCAUAUCACGGAGCCAGCCCAUACAUGAUGGGUGUAACUGCUGUUGGUACCUGGAAGUACGACCAUCCAGUUGGCUUUGGAGUUCAUCAGACAAUGAAUGCUGACGUGUACAGAGGAUUGUGGGGUGGUUCAAAUUGCCGCGACUCUAUUGCACAGACAACACGAACAUGCAACUGUGCUCAAGGCCAGUGCGAAGCGACUGACAAUUACAUCGCUCAGUUUGAGGACAUGUUGAAACACUCGUGCGGCCAAAGGGUUGCUGGAUUCAUCGCUGAGUACAUUCAGGGCGUUGGUGGUUCAGUUCACCUGCCAAAAGGUUUCCUUCCGAAGGCUUACGAACUCAUCCGAGCUCGAGGCGGAGUUUGUAUUUCCGACGAGGUCCAAACGGGAUUCGGUCGCCUGGGCUCGUCGUUCUGGGCGUUUGAAGAUGCAGGAGUGGUGCCCGACAUCGUGACGAUGGCAAAGAGCAUUGGGAAUGGCUACCCACUCGCUGCAGUUGUGACUACGCCAGAGAUCGCUAAAGUAAUGGGAGAAGCCAUUCAUUUCAAUACUUUUGGCGGUAACGCUCUCGGCAGUGCCGUAGGAAUGGCGGUGCUGGACGCAAUCGAAGAAGACGGUACCCAGAAAAACUCCGAAGUAGUCGGCACACAUCUUCUAUCAGAAUUACUGAAACUACGAGACGAGUUCGAAGUUGUCGGCGACGUUCGUGGCAAAGGAUUUAUGCUUGGCAUGGAAUUGGUCGCAGACAAGGAAUCCAAGAACCCGCUCCCGGCUGCUGACAUUAUAGAAAUAUGGGAUGACAUGAAGAAUAUGGGAAUAUUGGUUGGUCGAGGAGGCGUGUAUGGAAAUGCUUUACGGAUCAAGCCCCCGAUGUGUAUCACCAAAGAAGACGCUGAUUUUGCUGUUUCCGUGAUGAGAACCGCGUUCCAGAACUACACGCAGAAAAGAAGCUAGAUCGUGUGAAUGCAAUCUGGAUUAAAUGUAUGUGAUGCGUUGUUCGGAAUGAGUUAACAUGAAAUAUAUAAAACAUGGACGCACGUCAUAAUUGUAAUUUUCUUACAGAUCUCGCAUGGAAGCAUCAAGUACUUAGAAUCAAUAAAAAUUUAUAAGAUG